CUCCAAUUCAGUUUACCAACGACAAUAAUUCUCGCCACAGCCAUAUUAUUUAGCUUUGUGAUGUCUGUGAUAGGCAACUCUCUCUCUCUUGUGAUUUGCAUCAUAGCCAAACAACAGUCCAUGAAAACAUCAACCAAUUGUCUAAUACUGAAUUUGGCUGUUUGUGAUAUCUUUAUCACUGUACUCCUGACACCAAAUUUCAUCAAAAUAGUUUUUCUUGGAGGCAAAUGGUUUGGUGGUGUUUUGGGAAGCUUCACUUGUAAAAUGUUGGAAUACGGAAACUCUGUUACACUUUACUGCUCUCUUUUAAACCUAGUUGCUAUUGCCAUUGAUCGAUGCCUUGCCGUCACUCGUCCACUAUCUUACAAACUUUCAUCAAAAAGGCUGGUAAAGAUUUCAAUUCCUGUCAUGUGGUUGAUUUCAUUUUCAUUACCCAUAGGAAGUCUGUCGAACACACAAUUAUACUAUGAGGGUGAUAUGAGGCCGAGAUGUGAAGAAUUAAGGGAUCAAGGCUCUCUUGACUUCUACAUUAUGGUGGCUACUUUAACGAGCUCAUUUAUCGCAAUUAUUACGCUUUAUUCAGUGAUUUCUUAUCGUCUUUGUAGAAGAAACAUUCCUGGUGAGAUUCCCAGCAAUCAAAAGGAUCUUGUUAUUCGUACAGCACGAAAGGUCACUAUUUUAAUGAUUUCAAUUGUAUUUGUCUUUUUUGUUUCAUGGACACCAGCCUUUGCUUUUCACAUAAUCCUCGAAUUUGGAAACGCUGGUCCGACCUUUGGAGAAGUUUUAACGCAAUACCCCCUUUUAUUUGCUAUAAGUUACUGGCUUAUUUGUAACAACAGCACCUUUAAUCCCUUGCUGUAUUUCAUAUUUAUUGAAAGUUUCCGUCAAGGCUUGAGAACGGCAUGUUCAAGAUGUCGUGUUCCUCGAUUCUCACUGCAGGAAAGGAGGUUCAAAACUGGACAGGAAUUAACGAGGAAUAGGCCAACUCUGGAUAUCAUCAAUAAGGAAGAAGGAAACAUUGAAUUGAAAGCAUACUCUGGGCAAAACCUAUGAGUGGGAGUGUCUUCCUUUAAGCAUAAAACGUUCGUAAUUUAUCUGUGUGACCAUGCACAAGAGUAUGAAAGAAGACCUCUCAGACUUAAGAUAACGUUUGAAUGUUUUCCUUCGGCAGUAUUAUGUAAGCGUAAGUAGGUGGAAAAAGUGAGCCAUGUAUAUUCCACUCCUUCUCUGUUUAAAGAGAUGAACUUUCUUCUGAAAAAAUCGGAAUGUCAUAAGUAUUUCAGAAUUGCUUUGGUUUUGCUCUUCUUUGCUCUGUGAUUGGUCUACAAACCUUGCGCCACUUUCUCAACCAAUCAGAUAUAAAACAAAAACCAAUCCCGACUUGGUCGCUCGCGUUUUCCAGCGCUUCAGGCUGUUUGGUUGGUUUAACGUUGAGUUCUCAUCUUAAAAGUUUUUUACUUUCUUCUGAUUGGUUUUUGAGAUAACUUAGGUUUUGGUUUUAAGCGAAUCAAUAACAAUUACAAGAAGUUUUAAACUAAAUAGACAUUUUCUUGUAAUAGUUAUAAAAAUAAUAAUACUAACAAAAAUUUAUUUAAAGUUAUAUAGCGCAGAUAUCAAUUGGGAUAUUUUCAUCUCCACUUUACAAAAAUAAAACUAAAAGUAACCAAUACUAAUAACAGAUAAAUAGAGAUAUUAUUAACUAAUAUAAACAAAAUAAUAUACCUUACAAAGUGAUUAAUAUAUCAAUCUACGAGAAAUACGCCAAUGAAAUAACAUUUCAAGAUAAAAUUUUUUGUGAUAUAUCAAUUUAUGAACCCUAAAUUAUUGAAAAAGCUUUCUUAAAUAAAAAGGCCUUUUGCAAUUUCUUAAAUAUAUCUAUGUUUGUUGAGCUUCUGAUCGAAGGAGACAACACAAUGCAAAACUUAGGUGCAGCUGCUACGAAAAACGUUCAUGACUCAAAUGAUACUUUAUAAUAUCUCAUUAUUGAGUGUUAGUUAUAUCCACACCACUAUGGUACUGACCAUGAUGCUUCAGAUUUUGAAAAAUGAUCUGUGAGUUAGUUUUAGUGUAGCUAAAAUCAGUUGUUUGCAGUUGAAAUGAUGUCUUUUGCAAACGAUAAAACAACACAAGAUCAGUGACAAGAGGAUGGAAUAAUUUUACUUUGCCAAUAUCUUUGCAGUCAGACCUUAGCAAGUCAUGAUCUUAAUAAAUUUCAGAUAUUCAGUUAAAGAGGAGUGUUGAUCGAUUUGUUUUCCUCGAUCUUUUAAACGAUAGCACAACGUCAAAAAGUCGUUUUUUUAAAGCAUUUUUUGACCGAACUCGCUCAGUUUGUACAUUAAUUCUAGUCAUAGUGAGGUAACGGCGUCUUCGUUGAUCAAAUUGAUUGUAGUUACGCGAUGGAUCUCAUCAAUUCUAAUGGCAUGACUAUCUUGAGGGGAUUUCGAGAAAGAAGGAGGAUCAGCCAAACUUCAAAAUUUAAUGAGUCUUAAAAGACUUCUUCAACGCCGAUACCAGCAGAACCUCAGACCUAAUAUAAAGCUUCUUCGCAUAUUAACACAUUUUCUCGAACAGGUUUAAGUUCUGCAGAGAACUUUACAAAAAUUUGAUGAGUCCUCUUAAUAAAUAAGGUUUAAAAAUUUACAUAUUUCCCUCAUUUUUCACUCGCUGAGGCAAUUGAGUGUUGAGAUAACGAGGUAUAGAGUAUAAUUUUUUAAAGCUUUUUAGAAACGGAUCAGUUAUGAGUAUUUGAUUUUAUUUAUUGACAGAGCAUCUGAAGAGUUUUCUUACUUUGCAAAUCCGAAAUUAAAAAACAAGAGAAAGUGACAAUUUUUAUUUCCCCUUGUCGUUCAAGUCUCAUUAUUCCUUGAAAUGUAAAUAAACAACAUACAGUCAAAAGUAAACCGCUGUUCGAUUAAUCAGUAGGACAAAUCAAAUACAAAACGGCAAUGCUGUGUUAAUUUGAGUCCUCGUUCACCCGGCAAGCCGAAGCACCAUGCUAACACAUAAAAUGUGGUUUCGUGUUGUUUGCCCAAUUAUCAUGUUCUAUGUGUGGGUGUCCUCUGCAGAGGAAAACUCAUCCAGCCUUAACGAUACAAAUCUACGGAAAUGUAAGUUAUCAAAACCUUUAUUUCCUUUGUUCACUUGCGGUAGACAGAUUUAGGAAUACAGCGAGGAAGACUGACUUGUAUCCCAUUCCAUAGAAACAUGUAAUGUGGUUCCGUUUUUAAGAGUGAUUAUUUUUGGGAGGAACACUGCCGUUCAGAAUGAUUAUUUUGCAUGAGUUUAUUUUUCAUUUGAAACAAUCCCUGCCGGCCCUGCAGCGCGAAAAUACUUUUAUCGUUCUCUUAAUGAUUCAUCCAUUUAAACCGUGAAAGACCUACGAAGCUCAUAGUUUACAUGACUUGAGCUUAAAGUUUCCCAGACAUCUCACCAGUGUUUCACUUCAGCCUUUCAGUAAAAAUAAUUCUGGGGACUACACAUAAGGAACACGCUCAUUAUCCCGAAGGAAGCAAGCGCACAAGUGUUUUUUCACUACCAGUAGUUAAAUUAUUUUGAGAAGUAAUAAGUGAUAAGCUGCCAGUGAUUUGUUUGUUCAAUUUACAUAACAGAAGGUGGAAAAUUUAAUUUCCUAUGAGUCCCGUUAAUUAGAUUUUACCUCAAGAAAGAUUAAAAUAACUUUAAUUUUCCUUAAAAAAAAUUUGUCAAGUAAACGUUAUAAGAGAUAAUUUUUGAAAACACUUUUUUUUAAAAUGAGGAUUGGGUGUUAAUUUCACUCUACAUUACUGACUUUACACUUUAAAUAAAAAGGCCCAGAGAUAAUAGCCUCCUGUGUCGGGUAUAUCAAUGAGCCACUCCCCUUGAUGCUGAAUGUGAGCUUGCUUUUCCCUUGUAGAUUCAUUCAUAAUGCAUGAAUUUUCAUCAUUUCUCAACAGAUCUACCAAGCACCAUCGAUCUCCAAUUCAGUUUACCAACGACAAUAAUUUUCGCCACAGCCAUAUUAUAUAGCUUCGUGAUGUCUGUGAUAGGCAACUCUCUUGUGAUUUGCAUCAUAGUCAAACAACAAUCCAUAAAAACAUCAACCAAUUGUCUUAUACUGAACUUAGCUGUUUGUGAUAUCUUGACCACUGUUCUCCUGACACCAGUUUUCAUCCAAAUAUUUUUUCUUAGAGGCAAAUGGUUUGGUGGUGUUAUGGGAAGCUUCACUUGUAAAUUUGUGGAAUACGGAAACUCUGUUACACUUUACUGCUCUCUUUUAAACCUUGUUGCCAUCGCCAUUGAUCGAUGCCUUGCCGUAACUCGACCACUAUCUUACAAACUUUCAUCAAAAUGGAUGGUAAAGAUUUCAACUCCAGUCAUGUGGUUGAUUUCAUUUUCAUUACCAAUAAGAAGUCUGUCGAACACACAAUUAAUAUACUUUGACGGUGAUGUGUGGCCGAGAUGUGAAGAAAUAGGGGAGCGAGGCUCUCUUGACUUCUACAUUAUGGUGGCUACUUUAACGAGCUCAUUUAUCGCAAUUAUUACGCUUUAUUCAGUGAUUUCUUAUCGUCUUUGGAGAAGAGACAUUCCUGGUGAGAUGCCCAGCAAUCAAAAGGAACUUGUUAUUCGUACGGCACGAAAGGUCACUAUUUUAAUGAUUUCAAUUGUAGUUGUUUUUUUUGUUUCGUGGGCACCAGCCUUUGCUUUUCUCUUAAUCCUCGAAUUUGGAAACGCUGGUCCGACCAUUGGAGAAGUUUUAAUGCAAUAUCCAUCUUUAUUUGCUACAAGUUUCUGGCUCAUUUGUAACAACAGCGCCUUUAACCCUUUGCUGUAUUUCAUAUUUAUUGAAAGUUUCCGUCAAGGCUUGAGAUCGGCCUGUUCAAGAUGUCGUGUUACUCGAUUCUCACCGCAGGAAAGGAGGUUCAAACCUGGACAAGAAUUAACGAGGAUUAGGCCAACUCUGGAUAUCAUCAAUAAGGAAGAAGGAAACAUUGAAUUGACAGCAUACUCUGGACACAACUUAUGA